CAUAAAAUGAUGAAUUUCAGUCAACCAGCAUUGGCUGAAGAUUCGUACUUCUGUUUUGAGUCUGUGAACGGGUCUUGCCCGAAGAUCAUCUAUCCAACAGUGAUACGGAUUCUGCUGCAAAUUUUCUUUUCAGUCAUCCUUGUCGUGACAUUGUGUGGAAACAUUCUCGUCAUCAUCUCCAUCACUCACUUCAAACAUCUGCACACUCCAACCAACUACCUCAUCCUCUCUCUGGCAGUGACGGACUUCCUGCUGGGAAGCGUUGUCAUGCCUCCUUACAUGGUGCGAGUUAUUGAAUCAUGCUGGUAUUUCGGGGACGUGUUCUGUAAAAUCCACAUGAGUGCAGAUAUCAUUCUGUACCUGGCAGCCAUGUUAAAUCUUUCUUUCAUUUCCAUCGAUCGAUAUUAUGCGGUUUGUCAGCCCCUCCACUACCGGAACAAGAUCACCACUUGUGCCACGACGAUCAUGAUCCUCAUCUGUUGGGGUUUGUCUGCUUUUGUUGGGUUCGGGUUGGUAUUUCUGGAGCUGAACUUGUUGGGCAUCGAAGACUUUUAUUAUGAACACGUUGCUUGUGCAGGAAGCUGUGUUUUGUUUCAGGGCAAAACAGCAAGUUUAAUAUGUUUCGUCCUCACUUUUUUCAUCCCUGGGCUCAUUAUGCUGGUCAUAUAUCAAAAAAUCUUCCAUGUUGCACGGAAGCAAGCCCGUUGUAUCCACAGCACUGCCGGUAACAAUGCACACUCUGAAAUCAGCAAAAUGGAGAGAAAGGCUACAAAGACACUAAUGAUCGUCAUGGGGGUAUUCCUGUCGUGCUCUACACCCUUUAUUUUGACAAACCUAAUUAACCCGUUCAUUAAUUAUUCCAUUCCACCUGUGUUGAUUGAAACACUUUUCUGUAUGACCUAUUUAAAUUCAACAUGCAAUCCCAUUAUUUAUGCUUUCUACUACAGUUGGUUCAGGAAAGCGUUCAAAAUGAUCAUUUUUGGUAAAAUAUUUCAAGCUCAUUCCUCAACAGCUAAAUUAUCUACAGACUGA